GCACGGAGUGAGCAUAAUGGUUGUGAAUUAUAAAGCAACACAAUAUAAUAAAAUACACUGUUUACAUCACAUUUAUCACAUAUUUAGUAAGAAAUACACGAUUUCUGCACGUGCGAUACAGGUUAUAGCACAAUAUUCAUAAUGGGUCCGGACAUUUGAAGUUGGACGACAGUUACAUGUAUAUCAUUUUCCUAUAAAAUCGCUGAUCUUUGAAAAUGAUAUAAAAUCUAAACUUCAUGGAAAAUAUAUUGUAAAAUGUAAAUAUCAGGGAAUGUAAAUAAAAAAGAGAAAUAAAUUCAGAAAGUACGCAGGAAAUCAACCAAAUGAAGCAACCGAUAAAUAGGAAGAAGUGAUGGGUGGAUUCAAGUUUUCUCUGGGAUAUCCUUUGGGGUUGCAGAAACAUAUGAUAUUAACGAAACUGGUAACAUUUUACGCAAUGACGUGAUGGAUAAAACGCGCGAAGAAACAGUCUUUUCUGGUCGCUGUAUCUGAGUAGAGCAGAUGAGCUUGGUUUGAGAUCAUCAGGUUAGAAACAAAAUCGAUUACAAGUACCAAUUGGCGGAAUCGGUCCGAAGCAAUCACUUAGCAUACACAAGAUACACCAGCAAUGAGAAACAUCGGAAAAACAUAGUAGCGCAACUCCCUGCCUUCUGCCAUUAAGAAAAAACAAGCAAAAGUGAUCGCUUGUACCAACAUUGUGUACUUUGUAUCUGGUACUGAACAUGAACAAUUCCAGCAUUUCUGAGACUACUAAUUCUACUGGACACUUUCCGCGCGAUACUCUAAGUUCCGAGGCCGCCGCGGUCUGUUAUGCCGUCAUAUUUGUUUUGGCCCUUCUGGGUAACAUUCUGGUCAUCGCGACCCUUGUCCAGAACAAGAGAAUGCGGACAGUUACCAAUGUGUUUUUGUUGAAUCUGGCUUUCAGCGACUUACUUCUGGCGCUAUUCUGUAUGCCAUUUAAUAUCAUUCCGAUGCUGAUGAGAAAUUUUGUGUUCGGACCAUCCGUGUGUUAUCUUUCACGUUACUUUCAAGGAGUGUCGGUAGGAGUCAGCAGUUUCACGUUAGUCGCCAUUUCUCUGGAACGAUAUUUCGCCAUAUGUCGUCCUCUGCAGUCUAGAAAAUGGCAGACGCUCUCGCACGCCUACCGGAUAAUACUGCUUAUCUGGGCAGUAGCUCUAGUAAUUAUGGUACCCAUUCCGGUUCACACCAGGCAUGAAAAUAAGCGGCCGGGAAUGUCCACGUGCCGAGAGAAGUGGGGAGCGGAUACUCUGGAGCGGAUCUACACCGUGACUCUUGUAUUGCUGUUACUAGUGAUACCACUUGUUGCUAUGUCGGUGUCUUAUGGGAUCGUAAUGUUCACUUUAUACGAAGAUGUAUCAAUACAGAGGGAAACCAACGGGUACUACCGAGGACGCCACGGCGGAAGUACGAAGUCGUUAGAAAAUUCUAGUUUCAAGAACUUGGUUGGAAAUCGGGGCGAUGGUACGAGCAGUGUCGAAUCUACUCCCCACAGAAAAACAGAACAGCGGUGUAUGAUCCGACAUUCGAACCCAGAACGAAGUCGGGCGGCCAAAAUCAGAGUGAUACGGAUGCUAUUUGCGGUGGUGGUAGAGUAUUUCAUCUGUUGGACGCCAUUGUACGCCGUCCAAACGUGGAAGUCUUUUCAUUCUCAUAGUUUAAUGCAGCACUUUUCUAACCUUACCCUAUCUCUUGUGUUCAUGCUGGCGUAUGUGUCGUCUGCCUGCAAUCCAGUGACCUACUGUUUGAUGAACAAAAAUUUCAGACAAUCGUUUCGAAGCGUUUUAAAUUGUUGUAACUGUUGUAGGUUAUCGACAACCACACGGCAUUUUUCUAAUCGCAGUGACCAGUAUAACUCUAUAAAACUUCAGACACGGUGUAGUUUAUUGAGAAACAACCACCACGAAGUCACUCAAGAGCACGUCUAGUUCCACUAAAGCACGUGCACGGCACGAGAUUCAGUUGUACAUGCAAUAUACAUGUAAUAACUGUUAUGAACAUUCCGUGGGCGUCAAUGGAUUAACAUAGAUGUUAUUUACAACUUAUACAGUGUAGUGUAUUCAAUAUGUAGACAUGUUUAACAAACAUUGAUAUAAUCGCGAAGAUAAAUUGCUUCGUGGGUUUGUUAAAUCUAUUAUUGUUUCUAAACUCUAGAAAUAUUGAAAAUAUAUACAUGUAUCAUACAAUUUGUACAAAGGAGUCACUACGUCCAAAACAAUUUAAUCUUUGUACUGUUCUUUGCUAAUAGAUUUAAAAUAAAUUCCAAAGUUUAUCACUUAGCAAUAAAUGUUGUUUAGGGCA